CCUUGCUCGCCUUUCACUCAGCAAGGGCCCGCUCGAGCGUGGGCGACAUCAUUCGAGGGCGCAAGAGGUGAGCCUCGUGGUCUGCCUGGGUCGAGUGGUCGACGACGAGUCGAGGAAUUGGCCCAACGCUUUCUUCAAUCUCCGCCUGAAAGCUCUGGCCCUGCUCUGGACUGAUGCGUGAGGCCAGCUAGCUACGCGAGGCCAAGCACAUUGAGACGAAGGCAACUAGCUGCAGGCGACGGCAGAGAGGAUGGAUGGAGACGAAUCCCCGCAAACGGCCUCCUGCGGGCCCUCACUCGCCCUCGCCCUUUCAAUUCAUUGUGGAUAGCUGAGUGAGCUCAUCGCUCCACCGUUCUGAUUGCUACCAUCCACUUGGUUGCAUCGCUCCUCACAGGCCAGCACUUCUUGAUUUCGUCAUUGAUCCAUCCAUCCGCCCUCGUAAGCUCAUCCUUCCUCACCUACGAUGGCACGCGGCCCCUUCCCUCCGCAGCUCGUCGAGCUGCCCCUCCUCGGCGCCGUACUUGGCUUCACGGCGGCAAUGAUGGGCAUCUCGGGCGCAGAUAUCUACGAUUUCCAGGACAUUCGCAGCCACAUGCGCUACAGUCGCUUCAAUGGCUUCGUGAACCUUGAGGACAAUGGAAUCCUGCAGGUCGACCUACUCAUGCUCAUAGCCGGUGCCAUCGGUUUCCUGACAGCCCUCAUUGGAUUGUUCCUGGCCGCGAGGCAGUUUGGGAAGAGGCGAGGAGAGUAUUCGGGCAAGGGCACUGGUGCAUGGCUGAUCAUGGGUCUCCUCCUUCUGGCCGAGUCCGGUCUGUGGGCAGGAACCGCAGCAGCAUACACAGCUUUUACCGUUACGAGGAAGUUCUCCUUCAGCCGCGGACCCAACUACUCUGAGCCGUUCAACCUCGCUCAGCAGGCGUACCUGCGCUCCAUUUUCCAGCAGCUUACGACGGGAGUCACCGGGCCACUCACAGUGUUGACGCUGCCUGGUGCUACGGGAAUCGAUGGAGCGUACUUGGGCGAGUGGGGCACGGUGUACAACAUCGACCAGGCGAAUGCGCUGCCGAAUCGCUACCUGGACUACUCCAACAAGUGGAAGGCCGCCACCGCCAUCAGCUGGUUUGCGCUGGGCUCCACCUUCCUCGUCAUGGUCGUACACUUCGCCCUGCCCUUCGUCUGGAAGUGGCUCGGCCUUCUGCGCCAGCCCAAGCAUCAGAAGGGCUACUACAACGAGGUCUGAGGCAUAGGAUAGCAUAUGCAGCGCUCGCAGCCAAUCGUCGGCAGCUCGUAGCGCAGCCUUUCUUCCCCGCCGCCUUCCCUCGAACCUCAGCCUCCUUGCGUAUCCUCCGGAUCGCUGCCACUUCGUUCCCUUCUCUUCGAUUUUACUCGUGCCUUUACCAUGUUGUUUCCUUUUCUCGCUUGUGGGAUCGUUCUCCGAUGUCGUC